AUGACCACGGCGAUAUCCGCCAAUAGCGACGGCGGCAAUGGCCCAUUCUCCGCACCCAAACGGAGAAAGAUUCGAAAGGGCACGCAGAGUUGCUGGGAGUGCAAGCGGAGAAAGAUCCGAUGCACUUUCGCAUCUCCAACCGAGUCUGUGUGUGACGGGUGCAGAAGUCGUCGUGUCAAGUGCCUCAGUCAAGAGUAUCAUGACGAGACAAGAUUGACAUCGGCACCAGAUAAACGAGGGAGCAGUCUCGACAAGAUACGCAGCCAAGCUGACACUUCAUUUGGCGUUAAAUCACCUUCCGUAUGUAACUAUAUGGGCAGUGUGGCAUUUAUCAAUUCGCCAAGCGAUUAUAAUGGAAUCUCUCAACAGCUUCUCGCAGCGUGGCCGAGCCAGCAGGAGCUUGAGGUCAUAUCAGAUGUGAACAUCAGUAAUACCUUUAUGCUGUUUCACGGUGUCACAUGUAUGCCAUACUCGGAUUUCAUGAGCAACAACCUGCCAUCGCUUCAGGACGUGUUGCAGCCGCCUCUACCAGGAUCCCACCCAGUCUUGCUUGCCCGCAGGCUGCUAAUGCUGGGUGUGUUUCUGCAAAGCGGGUCACUCUCAUCAUCUGAGCCGCAGACUGUUAUGUGUCGGGCUGUUGAGAUAGCAAGCAGACUGGUUACUAGCAACGAUGACCUGGUUAGCUCACUUGAAGGUAUCGAGUGCAUUAUGAUGGAGAGCAUGUUUCGUAAUAACGCGGGCAAUCUCCGCGGCGCUUGGGUCUCAAAUCGCCGAGCCAUGACGAUGGCGCAAUUGAUGGGUCUUCACCAAUACAGAACCACCGUUCCUGCUAGUAGCAAACAAGACUGGAUUGCUGGGCCUCGGCCAAAAGCUAUCGAUGCUGAGACGCGAAACCGUAUCGAGCCUCAAUUGAUGUGGUUCCGACUGGUCGCCACAGAUAGAUAUCUAUCCCUGAUACUAGGGCUGCCACAAGAAUCACAGCAAGACCCUUAUCCCGUUUGCUUGGAGGCAAAAGAGCCUAAAGAUUAUGAACUCAUAGAUCGCCUGGAACGCCUUGUGGUAGUUGCUGCAGGACUCAUUCUGCAACGAAACAGCACCAACAUUCACAACCUCGAAGCGACACUGAGGGUGGAUAAACUUCUCCAAGAGGCAGCUGCUUUACCGCCUGCCCAGUGGUGGCUCCCUCCCGAGCCUUUGUCCAUCAUUGGUGAUACUAUGGACGCAUUCCAAGAAACUCUUCGACUCAUGUAUCAGCUGACUCAUUAUCACUUACUUGCACAAUUACAUCUCCCAUAUAUACUGUUGAUUUCCAAUGACCGGAAAUACGACUAUAGCAAGAUGACUGCUAUCAACGCCAGCCGUGAGAUACUAUCACGUUUUGUCCUUUACUUUGGCACUAAUUCUAACUGUCCCUCCUACUGCCGUGGUGUUGACUUUUUAACCUUCAUUGCCAGUAUGACGCUAUGUCUUGCACAUAUAAAAGGGCAUUGUGAGCGUCAAAUUGGCAUCAUGUCCAACGAGACCACCAGCAUCUUUCAAUUCCUCGUACAUCAGCGCCCUCAGGAUAUUGGAUUUGUCGAGCGCAUAAUGGAGAGUAUGGAGAAAAAGACAACAAGGGACGACCCCAUCACUCAAACAAUCACCAACAGCCUGAGACAACUUGUGACUAUCGAAGCUUCUGUUGCCAAUCAGAGUUCUUGUAUUGCGAGCCUUUCUUGCCAAAUCGGCUGCGACGGACUUGAAAGUGGUGGUAUUAGUAUGCAUAUGAAUAAUGAUGUGCUGCAUAUCUACAUCCCCUACUACGGAACAAUCAAAAUAGAGCGCGAAAGCUCUUCGCACAAGUUUCUUGAGGACAAUUCUUUCUCGGUAAAGUCUCUUUCACAGAUGCCCUGGGAAACACUGCAAUCACCAACAGAAAGGUCCCUUAUCAUGGAGCCUACCGAUGAGCCCAACAGGCGAAAUACAAAGGAGGAUAGCAUAUUAAUACCCAGUAUUGGGGAAGAGUUUAGUGAUUGGGCAUUUAGUGGUAUAGAUUUAUCUCUGUUAGAGACAAUAUGA